CUGCGCACUGCCGGUCCGCCUGGCUGCUUUUCCCUCGCUGGACGCUGCCGGCCGGCUCCGUCUUAUCCGAAGGCGAAGGAAGCGGCCGGGAGAGGGAGGGGGAGAGCUGCGGGGAGGGCUGCCCGCCCGCCCGCUCGAGCGGGGCAGGUCACCAGCCCCAAUGGGAAAUGGUUCGGUGAAACCCAGGUACCUGCGGAGGUCAGUCAGCCACGUCGGAAGCUGUCCUUUCGGUUGUUCCAGUUGCGGCAAAGUCCUGAAAGACCCGGGGUUGAGCAUCAGCACGAUCACAGGAGCUGCAGACCUUCUCAGAAACAAGAUUUGGGAGCUUGAGAAAGAACUGAAGAGGCAGGAAGAAGAGCUACACGAGAGGAGCUAUCACAUCUUAGAGCUUCAGGAGCAGCUCGCCAAGCAAACGAAGACCAUCGGAGACCUUACCGAAGAGCUGAAGUGUAAAUGCGUCCAGCUGAACAAACUACAAGAUGUUGUGGUCACUCAAGGGACAAAUCCUUUCCUUUUCCCCAGCCUUACAGAGACACCCAGAGCCAGCCAGGCAGCAGGCAGCAACAGGAGAAGGGGUGCGAAGGAAGGGGUGUCUGCAGAGCCAACCACACGGACAUAUGACCUAACCGAGCAACCUCGGUUUUCUUUCGAAAAAGCCAGAGUCCGGAAAGCCUCAAGCGAGAAAAAGCUUAUCACAGAUGCUCUGAGUAGAAACCAAUUUCUGAAAAGGCUGGACCUUCAGCAGAUCAGAGACAUGGUAGAAUGUAUGUACGGAAGGACAUACCAGCAAGGAAACUACAUAAUCAAACAAGGGGAACCUGGAAACCAUUUGUUUGUACUGGCAGAAGGUAGAUUGGAGGUUUAUCAACAUAACAAAUUUCUGUCAUCAAUUCCUGUAUGGACAGCCUUUGGAGAACUGGCUAUUUUAUAUAAUUGCACAAGGACAGCUUCAAUAAAAGCUGUCACCAGUGUGAAAACAUGGGCAUUAGACAGAGAGGUUUUCCAAAAUAUCAUGAGAAGAACAGCUCAAGCAAGGCAUGACCAAUAUAGAAACUUUCUGAGAAGUGUUUCUUUACUGAAGAAUUUACCCGAAGAUAAACUAACCAAGAUUAUAGACUGCUUGGAAGUGGAAUACUAUGACAAAGGCGAUUAUGUUAUCCGAGAAGGAGAGGAAGGAAGUACCUUCUUUGUUAUAUCCAGGGGAAAGGUUAAGGUUACCCAGACCCCAGAAGGGCAAACCCAGCCUCAGUUGAUUAAAACGCUGCAGAAAGGAGAUUAUUUCGGAGAAAAAGCCUUGAUCAGUGAUGAUGUCAGGUCUGCUAAUAUAAUUGCAGAUGAAAAUGACGUGGAGUGCCUUGUUAUUGACAGAGAAACUUUUAACCAAACAGUUGGAACGUUUGAAGAACUCCAAGCCUACCUCGUGGGUUAUGUAGCAACUUUGGCUCGAGACGAUGAAAAAAGGCACGCCCAAGUCUCUUCCGUGGAGCGGCUCCCUCGCAAUGUCUCUCUGGAGAUGAUUCAGUUGAAAGAAAAAGUUACCCAGUUUCCUGCCUCCUGCCCUUUUCAGCACCUGGAGAUCGUUGCAACUCUGGGCGUCGGUGGAUUUGGAAGAGUUGAACUCGUGAAAGUUAAGAACGAGAACCUAGCAUUUGCCAUGAAAUGCAUUAAGAAGAAGCACAUAGUGGAUACCAAGCAACAGGAACAUAUUCACUCCGAAAAGAAGAUUCUAGAAGAAGCCUGUUCGCCAUUCAUUGUGAAGUUGUAUCGCACCUUCAAAGACAACAAAUAUGUUUAUAUGCUCUUAGAAGCUUGUCUUGGAGGUGAGCUAUGGAGCAUCCUCAGGGACAGGGGUAGUUUUGAUGAAACCACUACAAAGUUCUGUGUUGGCUGUGUGACAGAAGCUAUUGAAUAUUUACAUUCUAUGAGUAUAAUCUACAGGGAUUUGAAACCAGAAAAUUUAAUUUUGGAUGCCCAGGGUUAUAUAAAGUUGGUUGACUUUGGAUUUGCUAAGAAGAUCAGAGCAGGGCAGAAGACCUGGACGUUCUGUGGGACUCCUGAAUACGUCGCACCUGAAGUCAUUCUGAAUAAAGGCCACGAUUUCAGUGUGGAUUUUUGGUCCCUCGGCAUCCUUGUGUAUGAACUGCUUACAGGAAAUCCUCCCUUUACCGGAGUCGAUCAAAUGAUGACCUACAAUUUGAUUUUAAAAGGCGUUGAGAGACUGGAUUUUCCCAGAAUAAUAACCAAGCGCCCUGAGGAUUUGAUUCGGCGGCUUUGCAGACAAAGUCCUACAGAGAGAUUAGGAAAUCUGAAGCAUGGAAUCCAUGACAUUAAGAGGCACAGGUGGCUGAAUGGUUUUAAUUGGGAAGGACUCAAAGCAAUGAAGUUAUCAUCACCCCUUAAAAGAGAGCUUUCAGGUCCUAUGGACUACAGCCACUUCGACCGAUAUCCACCUGAACAGGGAGUCCCACCCGAUGAACUUUCAGGCUGGGAUAAAGAUUUCUAAGAAGACGGCUAGUGAUGUAAUUGUCCUCCCUCACGGAUUGUCUGCAGUGAUUGUACACGUACUUGUUCAGAGCACAGCCAAGAUGCGUUGAAAUUGCAUUUAAAAUUCAAAGGGCCACGGAUCGCUCUCUAAUUUCCUCUGUAAAUUCCCAACACGAAGUAUUGCGUUGUGAAGCUAUGCCUUCUGAGCAGUAGAACGGAAGGGGACUGGUGACUAGCAGCUUAACGCCCUGCUAAAUUACGAUCUAAAUUCCACAUUCAUCUCCUUCGGAAGUGUGUGUGUGUGUGUAUGUGGCCCAUGUAUUACAUCAGCAUCUCUGCUGUGAUGUGCUUUGCAUAAAAUGCCACUGUGAGCAACCUUGGAUCAGAGAUUAGAAACGUAGGAAGGUGAAGGGAAUUCUGGAAAGAGAGUAGCAUUUAAAGAGCUUUGUGAAGGUCUCGGUGUCGGUUUUCCGUCAUCUUCCCUUUCUUAACGGUGAAUGGCUCCUGAAAAUUAAAACGUGCCUCUAAAAUCUUGUCCCUUGAAAAAAAAAAUUAAAAUUAAGGUGUGUUAUUCUUACAAAAACACAGGUGUAAAAAUGCAGAGAAGAAAAAUAUAUCAAUGCCAAAAAAAGAAAGACGAAAGUAGUAAAAACUAAAUGUACAGUACAUGCAUAGACAUACACAAGUAUUUGACUUAUUUUCCAUAUAUGACGUGAGUGUGUACCUCCUACAGACACACACGAAUGCACUCACAUUUUCACAGAAAAGUUCUAUUUCUAUUAUUUCUAUUCUAGUUUCUACAGUAUUUCUAUUAUUUCAGGGAGGAAUGAAUCAAUGCAGUUGUACAAAGCAUUUGAUGACCAAUUAGACUUUCAGGACGAAAUUCAAUUGUUACUGAACAAUUAUGUCCAUAAAUAGUCAUUUCUAUAUGUUUCACUUAAUCCUGUAAAGAUAUGAACAGAGAUUUAUGUUUAUAGGUAGUUUUUUGACAUAAUGUUUAAAAAUGGAAUAGAUAUGAACUGUAAUAGAAUUAUGUUUUUAAAAAGUUCGACUUUUGGGGGGGAACCCUUUGCCGAGUCCCCCUGAGUGGGAAUCUUUUCUGAACUCCAUAGUAUUUUUAAAUCUUUUCUUAAUCCUUGCUUCCUUUUUUUCUAGACCUGCCAAUAUCUAAUCUCCCAACUGCAUGUACCUAAACGGGGUCAUGCGCAGGCUAUGGUCAAAAAAAGUCAAGAUGGAUUGGAUAUGACAGUGCAGUCCAAGCUCCACCUGCUUUUUACGCGAAUCACAAAAUCAACACACAUUGCAAAGAGGCAGAGCGUUAAUUGCAAUGGUGGGUUGCUACCAGUUCACCCCCAGUGGUGGGUUCCUCCUGGUUCGGUCCGGUUCGGCCGAACCGGUAGCGGUGAUGAUAUGACGUCACCGAACCGGUUCUCCCCCCCCUGCCCUCCCACCCACCCACCCAUGUUAUUCUUACCUUUUAUUUGGUCCCACCCCAAUCUAUUGCUGCCUCCUGAGUCCCAGCUGAUGACUAGAGGGAAAAAACUGUUUAAACUCUUGCCGCGGGGCUUCAAAGGGCCGUCCUACAGCUGAUCAGUGUUAAAAGCAAACAAAUGAGUCGGGUCGUAAGUGCGAGGACCUUCCAGAAAUGACUCUGACCAGCUAGCCACGCCCACCUAGUCACAUGACCUCCAAGCCACACCCACAAAACAAGCCACGCCCACAGAACCGGUAGUAAAAAAAUUUAGAACCCACCCCUGUUCGUCCCAGAUCGGGCAAACCAGUGGUGGCAGCGGGAGGCUACGCCCACCCGCUAGGACGCUUCUGCGCAUGUGCAGAAGUGUUGUGCACGCAAGCACCCAUGAGCAAAGCAGUAGCAACGGGAUUUGAAAACUACCACUGGUUAAUUGCCCUGUUAUGUCCAGCAUUUUGAAGAUUUUGACCAUACUCUGCAGACACCCCUACAGCUAAGGCUGCUUUCCUUGAUAAUGAUGAUCAGCGUUAUCUUACUGGCCCACUGUGAUCUCUUUUCAGAGCUUUUAAGUAUUCUUUUUUGGGGAUGAUUUAUAGGUAACUCACUCACACAAUGGAGCAAGACUCAGAUUAUUUGGAAUGCAAGCACAACGGCCCCAUUUAUAAAAACAGAAGUCCCUGUUUGUUUUGGUUUUUUUAAAAAAAAAAAGUUUAGUCUUCCAGUUUUAGAAUAUGAACAAACUGAUCCGAAUGGGUAAUCAAGGAUUUUAUUUUGUGGUAAAGCAGUGGCUUGAAUGUAGGACUUACAGCCAGGGAUCAUCGGAUGGAUCCUGAGUCUGCAUCCUAGCAAUUAGCAUCAUAUAGUUGACGUAUAAGUGAUCCAUCAGGAUUCUAGACCGAACCUUUGUGGAACCCUCUACAUCGGGGGUGGGGGGUGUUUCAAACUCAAUUUCAUUGAGGGCCGCAUCAGGGUUGUGUUUGACCUCGGGGGGGGUGGAUUUGGUGUGGGCAGGGUAGGCGUGGCCAGCUUGACAUCACCCGUGUCGGUGCCUGUGGCGGCCCAAGCGCUCUGCCAGCAAAAUCGGGCUCCCAAGCUCCGUUUUCAGCUGGGACGGCUUCCUGCAACCCUCUGCCAGUGAAAACGGUUUUUUGCUGGCAGAGGCACUGCGGGCCGGUCCUUUGCUGUUCCCAGGGGGGCCCUGCGGGCCCGAUCAAAGCACCCCGCAGGCCUUGAGUUUGUCACCCUUGCUCUACAUGGAGAUGCUAAGGAAAUGAAGCUUGGAUUGUUUGUAGCAAGCACUUUAUGGUCGAUCAAAUAAAUGGAUCCUUCCUGAUCUAGUGGUUCCACAAAAUAAUGGGGUGGGGGGAGGGGGGCAAUUCUGCACUUUUACAGAAAUGGUAUUUCCAGGUAAAUGAUCUCAGGUGAUUGGGCUGCAAAGCACCUCUGCUCGUUGAAUGUAAACGGUAUAUUUCCAUCCAGUGUAAUUCAGUUUUAUUUAGAUUCUCCCAAAUAGGGAUGGUUUUCCCAAAUGGCCAUUUGUCAUCCUGGCUGGGCCUAAUGGGAAACUGGCCUCAGCAACGUUUGCGAGGCUACAGAAGUCUCUCAUUUUGAUUUAAAGGAACUCUCUAGACGCCAACUGGCACCCAUUAGUUAUACCAAAGACUGCACAUUGUCACCAAGACAUCUCUUAAUUUUUGCCCUGUUUUUGGAUCUUUUCAAAAUGUAAAGGCUGUAAAAUAUUUUUUUAAACCAACAAAAAGUGCUUCCCCUCUAUUUAUUUGUAUAUAAAGGCAAUCUUCACUCAUGUAGGUUUGAGAAUAUUUUUAACGAACAUAGGAAAGGCCAAUUUUACCGCACAGUGUAGAGAGCAAGAGACAGCCCUUGUCCCUUUUAAUAUCUGUCAAAUGCAUUGAUUUCUUUGUGCGCCUAAAUAAAUCUGUUCUACAACA